AUGUCAGAAAAUAAUUUUACUCUGCCACCGGCUCCAAGUGAUUUGUGUUUCACAGCAGAAGAUUUUAUGGCAUUGGACUUCGAUGUUGACAAUUUUUUACACGAACACAGAAAAAAUGCAAGCUUGGAAACUAUGAGGGAUGAUCUUGGAGUUUACUUAAAGAUUUUGAGAUCGGCAAUGAUCGAGCUCAUAAAUAAAGAUUAUGCUGAUUUUGUAAAUUUAUCCAAAGAUUUAAUUGGUCUUGAUAAGGUAAUUAAUCAUUUGCAAGCACCUCUUGGACAAUUACGAGAGGAAGUGAUGCAAAUAUGUCAAACAUUGGAUACGGCAACAGAGGACAUGGAGAACGGGUUAAAGGAACAUCAACGUAUACGUGAUUUGAAACAGUCGAUGCAUAGUUUGGGACGUGUUUAUAAAUCUGCAUCAAAAUUGAAAUUAAUAUUAGAGUCCCAUGUAAUUAAAUUGGACAUUUUAGAACGGGCUGCUACAGAAUUUAAUCAAUUGAGGUUCCAUAUGACAAGAUGCAAAGAUUACAUGUCAGAAGAUUUGAAGAAAAAUUGUGAAAAUUUAGAAAUUCAGUUAUUGGAUAGCCUCGAUUCUCAACUAUUGUUAUGUAUUAAAAGUAAUCAUAAUUGUACUGAUAAUCUUAUUUGUUGUCUUAGAAUUUAUGUAACAUUGGAUAAGAUUGAUAAAGCAGAACAUUUAGUGAGAAAAAAAAUUGUUGGAGUAUUAAUCGAAGACAUUAUUGUGGAGAAAAAUAUUAACAAUGAGUUACUUGGUCUUCAAGAACUUUACCAAAAAUUAUUGAAGUUAUUGGAUGUAGAAUUGAAAAAAUUACUGGAAGUUACUUUUCAUUCCAAUAUAACGACCGCUCGUAAUUUCAAUUUUCUUGUUAAUAGUUUUUGGUCAGAGGUCGAAGAAAAAAUAGAGUUACGUUUGAAACAAAUUUUUGCGCCUGGUAAUCCUGAUUUAUUUUAUAAACGUUACACAGAAUCAUUGGAAUUUAUCAAUAAAUUACAAGAGAAAUGUAAAAAUAACGAUAAUCUUGCUCAAUUAAAGUGUCAUCCAUUAUUUAUACAAUUUAUAAAAAAAUGGAACUUACCAGUUUACUUUCAAAUUCGGUUCCAAGAAAUUGCUGGUUCAGUAGAGCAAGUUCUAUGUCAUCAUGUAUCACAAGGAUCAAUUAAAAUUAAUGUUACAAAUUUGGAUCCUACUGAUACAGAUACAUUUUCCCUUUACGGAAGUGAAACUACGUGGGAUUGCCUGAUGAAGACUUGGUCUGAAGGAAUAUUUAUUUCACAAUUACUUCAUCAAUUUUGGAAAUUAAAUCUUCAAAUACUUUCUCGUUACAGAACAUGGAUUUCUGAUGCCUUAAAACAGUCGUGGAUUAAAGAACCUAGGCCCGUGGCUAUGAAUAGUAAUAUAAUUAAUCCAGAACCACCAAAUCGAUUAGAAUUUCUUGUUUGUCUCUAUACUGAUCUAGAAAAAAUUUCUAAAAAAUUACCAACGCUUUUAGACGUUGUAGUAAGAAAACUCAGUAUCUCUGAGACAAAAAUUAUUACAUUAUUAAAAGAAUCAUUGGAUGAUAUGAAAACGAAUUUAUUAUCUGAUUUACCAAAAAUAACUGAAGAAAUUGUUCAAGAAUUAUUGGCAAAUAGUUCCCCGGAAUUGAAAAAAGUUAGUGAUAUUCCAAGGUCAUAUAGACGAACUAAUAGGGAACCAACUGAACCUUGUGCUUACAUAAAAAAUGCUCUCGGAGUAUUGGUAGAAUUUCAUUCAACGUAUCAAAAUAUCGUUCCUGGUGCUGUUAUUCACUGGCUGCAGUUAACGUUAUCUCUUUUAAGUGAACAGUAUUAUUCAUCGGUUAAAAAUGUCCUCGAGUCAGUUCAAAAGACGGAAGAAAGUCUUAGAAGACUCAAAAUACAUCGUGAUAAAUCAUCAAAAAUUCCAACGACAGAAACGCAAGGCGUUACUGAUGAUGAUAAAAUAAGGAUACAACUCGAAAAAGAUGUUUUAUAUUUUGCUGACACUGUAAAUACAUUCAAUAUCGAUAGGUAUAUUAUUAAGGAUUUAGAAAAACUAACAGAAGUUGUUGAUGCUGCUGUUAAAUCAAGAAAUGAAUCAAAAUCAUAA